CAUUAUCCAUAUCUUUAGAAAUGACUGGACCUGCUGUACGGAAGAGUAAGCAACGCAACGCACGCCAGAAUUCAAAUGCGUUUGGCAUAUUUACUGGACAGGAGAUCAUGGAAUAUAAACAAGUGUUCGGUAUCAUGGACACAAACGACGAUGGCAUAGUCGAUGCCAAAGACCUUGAAGUUACAUUUCAACGCCUGGGUCAACCAGCAAGUGUUGAACAACUAGAGAACAUGAUGAGCGAGGCGCCUGGAUCGAUCAACUUUACGGUGUUCCUGACAUUGAUGGCUGAUAAGCGUGCCGAUAUAGACCAAGAUAAUGUUAUUAUGGAUGCAUUUUCUGCAUUUGAUGAAAGUGGAAAAGGCAUCAUAAAUGCUGAGUAUCUUCGAGAGUGUAUGACCACCAUGGGAGAUAGAUUCACUGAUGAAGAGGUAGACAUCAUGUUCAAGGGAACACCUGUAGAUGAACAUGGAAAUUUCAACUAUAGAGACUUUGUUAAUGUUCUUAAGCAUUGUGGAUAGACACCAUAUCUUUUCUUAUAUCUUGUUAACCUUUUUAAAGUUGAUCCUUUGCCCUGUAUAUAUCUAUAUAGCUAUACAUGUGCCUACCUAUAGAAUGUUAUUUAUUUUUCUACAUAUAAAUAUAUGUAUAUACCUCUUUAUCUAUCUAUAUACAUUUUCCUAAUAAACCCAUUUUGAUAAU